AAAUGUGGUGUACACUUAUAUGGUUGUUUUCACUCCUGUUUUAUUAAAUUUAUUAAUCUUGUAAGCUUAAAAAGAAGACUAAGUGUUGAAUAUACAAAAUACUGAAAUCAGGAUGGUGUGUACUAUGGUAACUUUAUUAUUUAUCUACGUACACAUAUGUAAAGCAAUUGCGAGUAAAGAAACUGGCUGUUCUAGUAGACGAUGGGGCAUCAAUUGUACGAACACGUGUCCUAAAUUCUGCUCGUCAAACGGAUGCGACAAAAUCACCGGUUUUUGCUAUGGAUGUAACGGCGCUUUUCAAGGAAAAUACUGUGACAUACCAUGCCCUUCGCCAUGUUCGUCUUGCAAUCAAUUUAUUGGAGAAUGUACAAGCUGCUAUGCUAGCUGGUAUGGAGUUAAUUGUGACAUACCGUGUCCAAUUAAUUGUAAGAGCUGUAGGAAAUAUGACGGUGCAUGUUUGUCUUGUACAGAUGGCUGGUAUGGAAAUAUAUGUGACGGACGUUGCUUUUCAGGACCAGGUUGUGCUAGAAACUAUUGCACUAUGUCAACUGGCGAUUGUACUUAUUGUAAGAAUGGAUGGUACGGAUCAAAAUGCAGGCAACAAUGCAAGAAGUGUUUCGGUGCAUGUUCAAAAGAUUCUGGAGUAUGUACUCACUGUGUUUCAGGAUUUUGGGGACCAGAUUGCACAAAGAACUGUUUAGGGACGUGUGAAAUGUGUGGUAGAUAUGACGGGAAAUGUUUGCUGUGCCCGGACAAAUACUUGGGAUCAAGCUGCUCAAGCCUCUGUGACUCCGAAAACUGCGAGAGAUGUGAUGUGAAUACAGGAAUAUGCAAAAAGUGUAAAGCAGGUUACUGGGGUAAGGACUGUGAGAUACAAUGUAUCAAUUGUAUCGACAAAAAGUGUGAUAUUUCAUCCGGCUUAUGUGAAACGUGUCAGGAGGGGUAUGCAGGCAAAUAUUGCAACAUAAGAUGUGACACAUCUAGAUGUUCAAAUUGGUACUGCAAUAAAAGAGAGGGAUUUGCCUGCUCCUCUUGUAAAUAUGGGUAUUGGGGCAACUAUUGUGAAAAGGAAUGUAUCGGAGAAAAUUGCGGACAGUGCAGUAAAUCUGAGGGGACAUGUAUCACAUGCACCUACGGUUUUUGGGGGGAUUCCUGUGAGAAGAAAUGUCAAGUUAACUGCAGACAAAGCUGCAAUAAAAGUUCCAGUGCCUGUGAUUAUGUAUGUGAUGAGAGUUCCUUACCUUACUACCAACAGUGUUCUUCAAGGACGUAUUGUAAAGCAGGAUAUUGGGGAUCAUGGUGUGAAAAUAAAUGUUUAGAAGAAAGUUGCGAGAAAUGUGAUGUAUCAUCUGCCUUUGGGCUUUGCUCCAAAUGUAGACUGGAUUCUGGGGACAUAAUUGUUCUAGUAGAUGCUCUAUUGACAAAUGAAUUGAAUGCAAUAUAUCUCACAAAGCACAAGAAUACCGGAGAUAACACAGAGCCAAAGCAGCAGAAUACCGGAGAUAACACAGAGCCAAAGCAGCAGAAUACCGGAGAUAACACAGAGCCAAAGCAGCAGAAUACCGGAGAUAACACAGAGCCAAAGCAGCAGAAUACCGGAGAUAACACAGAGCCAAAGCAGCAGAAUACCGGAGAUGACACAGGGCCAUCCAGUGAUACAACUGCGAGUGAAGAAACUGGCUGUUCUAGUAGACGAUGGGGCAUCAAUUGUAGGAACACGUGUCCUGAAUUCUGCUCGUCAAACGGAUGCGACAAAAUCACCGGUUUUUGCUAUGGAUGUACCGGCGCUUUUCAAGGAAAGUACUGUGACAUACCAUGCCCUUCGCGAUGUUCGUCUUGCAAUCAAUUUAUUGGAGAAUGUACAAGCUGCUAUGAUAGCUGGUACGGAGUUUAUUGUGACAUACCGUGUCCAAUUAAUUGUAACAGUUGUAGGAAAUAUGACGGUGCAUGUUUGUCUUGUAAAGAUGGCUGGUAUGGAAAUAUAUGUGACGGACGUUGCUUUUCAUCACCAGGUUGUGCAAGAAACUAUUGCACUAUGUCAACUGGCGAUUGUACUUACUGUAAGAAUGGAUGGUACGGAUCAAAAUGCAGGCAACAAUGCAAGAAGUGUUUCGGUGCAUGUUCAAAAGAUUCUGGAGUAUGUACUAAGUGUGUUUCAGGAUUUUGGGGACCAGAUUGCACAAAGAACUGUUUAGGGACGUGUGAAAUGUGUGGUAGAUAUGACGGGAAAUGUUUGCUGUGCCCGGACAAAUACUGGGGACCAAGCUGCUCAAGCCUCUGUGACUCCGAAAACUGCGAGAGAUGUGAUGUGAAUACAGGAAUAUGCAAAAAGUGUAAAGCAGGUUACUGGGGUAAGGACUGUGAGAUACAAUGUAUCAAUUGUAUCGACAAAAAGUGUGAUAUUUCAUCUGGCUUAUGUGAAACGUGUCAGGAGGGGUAUGCAGGCGAAUAUUGCAACAUGAGAUGUGACACGUCUAGGUGUUCAAAUUGGUACUGCAAUAAAAGACAGGGAUUUGCCUGCUCCUCUUGUAAAUAUGGGUAUUGGGGGAACUAUUGUGAAAAGGAAUGUAUCGGAGAAAAUUGUGGACAAUGCAGUAAAUCUGAGGGGAUAUGUAUCACAUGCACUUACGGAUUUUGGGGAGAUUCCUGUGAGAAGAAAUGUCCAGUUAACUGCAGACAAAGCUGCAAUAAAAGAUCCAGUGCCUGUGAUUAUGUAUGUGAUGAGAGUACCUUACUUUACUACCAACAGUGUUCUUCAAGGACGUAUUGUAAAGCAGGAUAUUGGGGAUCAUGGUGUGAAAAUAAAUGUUUAGAAGAAAGUUGCGAGAAGUGUGAUGUAUCAUCUGCCUUUGGGCUUUGCUCCAAAUGUAAGACUGGAUUCUGGGGACAUAAUUGUUCUAGUAGAUGCUCUAUUGACAAAUGUAUUGAAUGCAAUAUAGAUGACGGUCACUGUACACUGUGCAAGAAUGGAUUUUGGGGAAAGAAUUGCGAUUUACAAUGUCCUGAUCGGUGCCGUUGUUGUGAUGCUGUCUCUGGUAUUUGUAUGCAGGACAAGUGCUUGAACAUAAUCAACCAGCAGAAUGUAUCAGAUAAUGACACAUUGACGAUUGGUGAUAUUGUCAUGAUUGUUUGUUUAAUAUUCGUAGCGGUUGUCUUGGUUAUCAUAUUUAUUUUCUGUUUGAGAAGUUGCACAAAACAAAAGUCCACUAAAUCUGAUGCAGACCACCCGAAUAUCAUAGAAUUAUCCUAUGGUCAAGUGGGUGGUAAAACGGAACGGAAGCCUACAGAAACAGAGACUGUUACUACGGUAACGGAUUAAACAUUAUGAUAGAAAUAUGGAAAGAUCUACAAAAUAAUAGAUAUACUAGUACCUAAUUAAUGCAAAUAUUAUGUAAUGGUAGAGUGGAAAAUUCUUUUAACAUUAGUAUUUGUUAAAUGAUUUUGAUUAAUUUAUGAAGCUUAUAACGUUAUGCGACAGAAGUAAGAAAAUUACACUCAAAACAUUGAAAAGAAUGUUCUAAAAUGAAGAACUAUUUGUUAAUUUUACGUAUUAUUUAAAUAGCUUUUCACUAUUGAAAACCAGCCGUGAUAUUAACCCAUUACGUUAUAUACACGCAUUUUAACGCCUUUUUCACCCCCCCCCCCUUUGUUGUAUCCAAUGGUGAAAAAAUGCCUUAUUUAGGCUCCCAACACUUGUUUUUGUUUGAGAAAUGUUGUUAAAAAGUGACCUCUUUUUCGGCGCGGUCCCCCAACCAAAAGAUACAUCAGGGGGUUGCCAGAAGGGGGAUGUGACGCUUUGAACUUGAUAAUCAUUUCCUUUGUUAUAUUAUCUAUAUCAGCUAGGAUCUAAAUGUUAUGAAAGCCUACUUUAUGUUUAACUUGUUGAAUAAUCAUGUUAACAUUGAUUUAUACAUUAAAGCAUAAUUUAAAUAAAGUUUUAUUUUCUGUGCAAAGUU